CAUUUCUUAGAGUUUUCAAAAUCAAGUUUCUUGCAGGCUGGAGCCAUUCAUUUGUGACUUAUCCAAACCUUUUUUUUUUUUAAACAAAGUGGGUACUUCUUGUGUGUAGUCAGUUAUUAAAAUUUCUCUUCUGUUAUCUGUACAGUCAGCUUGUAACCUAGCCAAGAGUUUGUUAAAUGUCUGGCUCCCCAAAGGGAAAUAAAGUAAAAACCAAACAAACAAAUGUACUGCCUCUUUAAAUCCCAGGGAAGCUGCUUCAGGCUGUGGAGACUGAAACAAUGACUGCCAGACUUCGUGCUGGCUCCUCCGUGUUCAGUAUCAACACUCAGAACACAUAAUCUUGAGUUACAAAAGACAGAGUUCUUAUUGCCCACCCUGGCUCCAGCCAGCUGCAACCAGGAGUAUGGCCUGCUGCCUUCAUGGCUUCCUGCCACAAACAUGAGAGACUGGUGGAAGAAGUGAAAGAGCUAUGUGAUGGUGUGGAAUUAGAAAAUGAAGACAUUUACAUGGCAACAACCUUCAAGGACUUCAUCCAAUUGUUAGUGAGAAAGCUGCGAGGGGAUGACAAAGAGAGCGAGUGCAUCAUUGACUAUGUGGAAAAGGCAGUGAACAAGCUGGUCCUCCAAAUGCCCCACCAACUUUUCAUUGGGGGCAAGUUUGUGGAUGCUGAGGGUGCCAAGACCUAUGACACUAUCAACCCGACAGAUGGAAGUGUUAUCUGCCAGGUGUCCCUGGCACAGGCCAGCGAUGUUGACAAGGCAGUGGCUGCUGCAAAAGAUGCCUUUGAGAACGGAUUGUGGAGGAAGAUCAGCGCGCGGGACCGGGGCCAGCUCCUGUACAGGUUGGCAGAUCUCAUGGAAGAGCAUCAGGAAGAGCUGGCCACCAUUGAGGCUCUGGAUGCAGGUGCUGUCUACACACUGGCCCUGAAGACCCAUGUGGGCAUGUCCAUCCAGACCUUCCGCUACUUUGCUGGCUGGUGUGACAAGAUCCAGGUGGGCACUAGGCUCCCACCCGCUGCAUGAGAGCUCACACAGG